AAUGUUUGACAUAAGAUACACAGCAACAGAAAAGUUAAAACAAAAAUCAAGUAAAACUGAAGAGAAGAGAAGAGAAGAGAAGAAUUACACAGGGAAUAUAUCAAAAAGAAAGAAGGAAGAAAUGGAAAGCGAAUCGGAAAUGGUAGCGUUCCCAUUGCUGACGACGCCGAUAGAAUCGAAUUAUAGGGCAUCCACUAUUCCUUACAGAUUUCCAUCUGACAAUCCAAGAAAACCUACUCCUACUGAGCUCCAAUGGAUCGACCUUUUCCUCAAUUCCAUCCCUUCUUUCAAGAAACGUGCUGAAACUGAUCCUACUGUUGCUGACGCUCCUGCUAGAGCUGAGAAAUUUGCACAAAGGUAUUCUGAGAUCCUUGAAGAUUUGAAGAAAGGUCCCGAGAGUCAUGGUGGUCCACCUGAUUGCAUUCUUCUUUGCAGACUUCGGGAGCAAAUCCUCAGAGAAUUGGGAUUCAGAGACAUUUUCAAAAAAGUCAAGGAUGAAGAGAAUGCAAAGGCUAUAUCUCUAUUUGAGGAUGUUGUUUGUCUUAAUGAUGCUAUUGAAGAUGGGCCCAAGCGUCUUGAGAAUCUCGUGAAAGGAAUAUUUGCUGGAAACAUUUUUGACCUUGGUUCUGCACAGCUUGCUGAGAUUUUCUCAAGGGAUGGAAUGUCUUUUUUGGCCAGCUGUCAAAAUCUUGUCCCUCGACCCUGGGUUAUUGAUGAUUUAGACACCUUCAAAGUGAAAUGGAGCAAGAAAUCAUGGAAAAAGGCUGUCAUUUUUGUUGAUAAUUCUGGUGCAGAUAUUAUCUUGGGUAUUUUGCCCUUUGCAAGAGAGCUACUUCGACAUGGAACUCAGGUUGUUUUGGCUGCUAAUGACUUGCCCUCUAUCAACGAUGUCACUUACCCUGAACUGAUUGAGAUUAUAUCAAAGUUGAAAGAUGAAAAUGGACAGCUUGUGGGUGUUGAUACCUCUAAUCUCUUGAUUGCCAACUCUGGAAAUGAUUUGCCAGUUAUUGAUCUCACAAGAGUAUCACAAGAGCUAGCUUAUUUAUCCACUGAUGCAGACCUAGUAAUAUUUGAAGGAAUGGGUCGCGGGAUAGAAACAAAUCUUUAUGCUCAAUUCAAGUGUGAUUCUCUGAAGAUUGGAAUGGUGAAACAUCCAGAGGUUGCCCAGUUUCUUGGAGGCCGGCUUUAUGACUGUGUUUUCAAGUACAAUGAGGUUUUGAGUUAAGAUACUUGUUCUGCUCUAUCGUUAAACCAUUAAAUUAGCAGCCAAUCAUCAAUAUACACAUGUUUUAGGUCCUUGUCACCUUAAACUUGCAUGUAUUUACUACUAAUUUAUGAUCAUUGAAUUAAUAAAGAAGUUAAAUAAACCCUGAUA